AUGCAGGAUGUCCAAGGCCCCCGUACCGGAAGCCCCGGGGAUGCUGAAGACCGGCAGGGGCUAGGCUUGCACAGGGGCGAGGUCGACUUUGGAGGGUCUGGGAAGAAGCGAGGCAAGUUUGUACGGGUGCUGAGCGGAGUGGCCCCAUCUGUGCUCUUUGAUCUGCUGCUUGCUGAGUGGCACCUGCCAGCCCCCAACCUGGUGGUGUCCCUUGUGGGUGAGGAGCAGCCUUUCGCCAUGAAGUCCUGGCUGCGGGACGUACUUCGCAAGGGGCUGGUGAAGGUGGCUCAGAGCACAGGUGAGCCCCCACCCUCACGGCAGCCCGAGGCCCUGACUCUCCACCCCACCCGGCACGGGCAGCGCUCCCACCCCACACAGCGCCCAAGCUGCCUCCUGAGGGCUCAGCCUCGUCUCCCUGAAUGGGCACAGGAGGAUAUUCCUGUCCACUACCCCGAGGAUGACGGCAGCAGCCAGGGGCCUCUCUGUCCGCUGGACAGCAACCUCUCCCACUUCAUCCUGGUGGAGCCAGGCCCCCCGGGGAAGGGCGAUGGGCUGACGGAGCUGCGGCUCAGGCUGGAGAAGCACAUCUCGGAGCAGAGGACAGGCUACGGGGGCACUGGCAGCAUCGAGAUCCCUGUCCUCUGCUUGCUGGUCAAUGGUGAUCCCAGCACCUUGGAGAGGAUCUCCAGGGCCGUGGAGCAGGCUGCCCCGUGGCUGAUCCUGGCAGGCUCAGGGGGCAUCGCCGAUGUGCUUGCUGCCCUGGUGAACCAGCCCCACCUCCUGGUGCCCAGGGUGGCUGAGAAGCAGUUUAAGGAGAAGUUUCCCAGCGAGCAUUUCUCUUGGGAGGACAUCGUGCGCUGGACCAAGCUGCUGCAGAACAUCACCUCACACCAGCACCUGCUCACCGUGUACGACUUUGAGCAGGAGGGCUCCGAGGAGCUGGACACAGUCAUCCUGAAGGCGCUGGUGAAAGCCUGCAAGAGCCACAGCCAGGAGCCUCAGGACUAUCUGGAUGAGCUCAAGCUGGCCGUGGCCUGGGACCACGUGGACAUCGCCAAGAGUGAGAUCUUCAAUGGGGACGUGGAGUGGAAGCUUCACGAGGUCUCCCGUGUACUCAAGGACUUCCUGCAGGACGCCUGCCGAGGAUUCUACCAGGACGGACGGCCGGGGGGCCGCAGGAAGGCGGAGAAGGGCCCGGCCAAGCAGCCCACAGGCCAGAAGUGGCUGCUGGACCUGAACCAGAAGAGUGAGAACCCCUGGCGGGACCUCUUCCUGUGGGCCGUGCUGCAGAACCGCCACGAGAUGGCCACCUACUUCUGGGCCAUGGGCCAGGAAGGUGUGGCAGCCGCUCUGGCUGCCUGCAAAAUCCUCAAAGAGAUGUCGCACCUGGAGACGGAGGCCGAGGCGGCCCGAGCCAUGCGCGAGGCGAAGUACGAGCAGCUGGCUCUGGACCUCUUCUCUGAGUGCUACAGCAACAGUGAGGACCUCGCCUUCGCCCUGCUGGUGCGCCGGAACCGCUGCUGGAGCAAGACCACCUGCCUGCACCUGGCCACCGAGGCGGACGCCAAGGCCUUCUUUGCCCACGAUGGCGUGCAGGCCUUCCUGACCAGGAUCUGGUGGGGGGACAUGGCUGCGGGCACGCCCAUUCUGCGGCUGCUAGGAGCCUUCUUCUGCCCUGCCCUCGUCUAUACCAACCUCAUCACCUUCAGUGAGGAAGCCUCCCUGAGGACAGGCCUGGAGGACCUGCAGGAGCUGGACAGCCUGGACACGGAGAAGAGUCUGCUGUGCGGCCUGCGCAGCCGGUGCGAGGCGGAGGGCCGGGCAGAGUGGAGGGGACCGGGCUUCUUCACAGAUGAGGACACACACCUGCUGAAGAAGUUCACACUGUAUGUGGGGGACAACUGGAACAAGUGUGACAUGGUGGCCAUCUUCCUGUUCAUCGUGGGUGUCACCUGCAGGAUGCUGCCCUUGGCGUUUGAGGCUGGCCGCACAGUCCUCGCCAUGGACUUCAUGGUGUUCACGCUGCGGCUGAUCCACAUCUUUGCCAUACACAAGCAGCUGGGCCCCAAGAUCAUCGUGGUGGAGCGCAUGAUGAAGGACGUCUUCUUCUUCCUCUUCUUUCUGAGCGUGUGGCUUGUGGCCUACGGCGUCACCACCCAGGCGCUGCUGCACCCCCAUGACGGCCGCCUGGAGUGGAUCUUCCGCCGGGUGCUCUACCGGCCUUACCUGCAGAUCUUCGGGCAGAUCCCACUGGACGAGAUCGAUGAAGCCCGUGUGAACUGCUCCACCCACCCACUGCUGCUGGAGGACUCGCCAUCCUGCCCCAGCCUCUACGCCAACUGGCUGGUCAUCCUCCUGCUGGUCACCUUCCUGUUGGUCACCAACGUGCUGCUCAUGAACCUGCUUAUCGCCAUGUUCAGCUACACGUUCCAGGUGGUGCAGGGCAAUGCAGACAUGUUCUGGAAGUUCCAGCGCUACAACCUGAUUGUGGAGUACCACGAGCGCCCCGCCCUGGCCCCGCCCUUCAUCCUGCUCAGCCAUCUGAGCCUGGCCCUCCGCAGGGUCUUCAAGAAGGAGGCCGAGCACAAGCGGGAGCACCUGGAGAGAGACCUGCCAGACCCCCUGGACCAGAAGGUCAUCACUUGGGAGACAGUGCAGAAGGAGAACUUCCUGAGCAAGAUGGAGAAGCGGAAGAGGGACAGCGAGGGGGAAGUGCUGCGGAAAACCGCCAACAGAGUGGACUUCGUUGCCAAGUACCUCGGGGGGCUGAGGGAGCAAGAAAAACGCAUCAAGCAUCUGGAGUCACAGAUCAACUAUUGCUCGGUGCUCGUGUCCUCUGUGGCUGACAUGCUGGCCCAGGGUGGCAGCCCCUGGACAGGCUCUCGACACUGUGGCGGGGGAAGCCGGCUGGUGGCCUCUGACCACAGAGGGGGUUUAGAUGGCCAGGAACAACCCGGGGCUGGCCAGCCUUCCUCGGACACCUAA